CCUUUCUCUCUCUCUCUCCCCCCGCAUCCAUUCCCAAUUCCCCACCCCUCCUCGCCGCCGCCGCCCCACCGCAGCCACCAACUCCACCGCAUCCGGAGCCAUAGUCACCGACCGCAACCCCCGCGGCGAUCGGUGCCCUCUAUGCGCCCAGCUCCCGCGGCGCCCCGCGGGCCUGCUAGCGCGUUCCCCGCGCCGGGGCGUGCCAUGGUGGGGUGGAGAUAGGAAGGCGCGGCCUUUGGGAAUUGGGACUGCGCCGGCGGAGGGAGAGGCGCGGGAGCGCGUGGCUAAAGGUGGGCGCCUCGCCCGCCGGAUGGCCGCCGAUGACGCGGCGCGGAGCAGCAGACGGAUGGAUCUGAACCUCUACCUCGGCCUCCCCCGCGCGCCGCGCGCCCGCCGCCCCGAUCUCGGCUCCGACCUCGCGCUCGGAACCCCCAUGCUGUCGUCAUCGUCUCCAUCCUCCUCGGCCGCCUCCGCGGACGCGCCGCCGCCGGAGGGCGAGCCGCUCCACCCGCCCUACUCCCCGUCCCGCGCCGAUUUGGUGCGCCCGCCGACCCCGGCGCACGAGCCCUACAACCCGUUCGCGCCCGAGGCGCUCCCGCCCUACAUGCCUCCGCCGCCCCUGCCGGUUCCAGGGGCUUUACCUGUGCUCGCCGAUGAGCUUGAGUUCGGUUUCUCCGACGCGCACCUGGGUCUGGUCGAGCGGUUAGCAGACCGGCCGUCGUCGUCGACCGCAUCCUCUUCGUUCCGCCCAGAUCGUGCCGAACGCUUCCGCCGCUUGAUGUGCAUGAGUGGGUCUCGCUACUUCCGGCCAAGACGGUUCCGGUCAGACCUUCCACCUCUCAGCUCAGAGGCCCCUAGCCUGGAGAAUGAUGCUCCACCACAACCACCUGAACCAGAAGAGCCUGUCCAUGAUACUGUGGAGGAGAACAAGGUGGUUGCCGAUGGUGCUGUUGUGGGCGUCUCAGAGGAUGAGGGAACCGAGCAUGGUAAGAGUGCUGCAAUGUUUGAGUGUAAUAUCUGCUUUGAAAUGGCUGCUGAGCCGGUGGUUACCUCCUGCGGCCAUCUUUUCUGCUGGCCAUGUUUAUAUCAGUGGUUGCAUGUCCACUCUAGCCAUAAGGAGUGCCCUGUCUGCAAAGGAGAGGUGACUGAAGGGAACAUUACUCCUAUCUAUGGGAGGGGGAAUUCAGGUUCAGAUGUGGAGAAGAAGGUUGCAGAGGAUGGAAAUGCAUCUGGCCCCAAGAUUCCACCAAGGCCACAUGGCAAUCGGCUAGAGAGCUUCCGGCAGCAGUUUCACCAUUUGCGACCCAUAUCUAGAAGGCUUGGUGAGGCGCACGGUUUUUUGUCUACGUGGAGGCGCAUUCUUGAUCAGCAUUUAAUGAAUAGCGUGAGCAGGUUUGAAGGGCCUCCUGAAGCAACUGCCCAGGAAAUUCCUCCGAAUGCAAGCCGUUUUAGCCGAAUGACUACUAGGUUGAGAGCAAGGAGGUUGCAAAGAGAAGCAGAAAACCCUACAUCCAUUGCUUCAUCUGCCCCAGGUAGUGGUGGGCAGCCUGGAAACAAUAUAUCCGAUCUUCCAAGGCGCACUUCAAGUCCAUUUCCAUCAGAAGGGAUGGAUUUAUUGCGACACUUUGAUUUUUCUGACCUUGAAGACUCGGAAAGGUUUGCGACUGCUUUCAGUGAACUUAGGCGAAUUGUAAGGCCUAGCCAUUACGGGGCAUCAACAUCAUCAAACCCACCAAAUCCUGAGCCGGUUGAUGGAACUCAUAUUGUCACGGGACUGGCUGCAGAUCAAGCUUCUAAUUCAAGCACCAUGGCUGUGAUUCAGGAAGAUGCAGCUUUCACUGAAAGCGCUGGAGAACCUAGUAAUGCAGGGUCUUCACGAUCCCUGAGGAGGAGGAGAGGAGGUGAUGCCUUAGGUUCUUUGGAUGUAGAUGGUGGGGACCUACAUCAGAACAAGAGAAGACGCCUAAACUAAAGCUGAAGACAGCCGAAUUGAAGCCUGCAGGCCAUGCUUCUUGUGGGAUGUGACGAGUGACGCAAAGCUGUGGUGUGCCAAAUCUACCGCAUGGACUCAAGUCUCAAACCAGCCAAACUUUGCGGAAAAAAAAUUGGUGCCAAAUAAACUAGUAUCUAUCUUUUUUUUUAUAAAGAGUAUCUAUUUAUUUCCUUUUGUCAAACCUGCAGCACUACGCGCACCAGCUCCUCGACCUCCGUUUCGCGUUUCCUCUACGUUACGCAAGCUGCUGGGCAGUGGCAGCCCGCCUCCAAGCCUCGACGAGAAAGCGCUCGCCACGCAUAUGACUAGCUCGGCACCUGGGCGUCCCGCUCGGCGAACAACCGCAUCUCGAACUUCGCCGAUGGCGCCUUCGUGGACUCGUCCUCCGUCGCCACCGGACGUCAUGUUCUGAGUCACACCCGGACUGGAGAGGGCCAACACACUGCGUCGGGGCCGAGGAGCUGGUGCGCCUUGGGGGCCGCAUUGGAGCUGGUGCGGAAGGAGUGCGCCGAAAUCAAGCGCUCCACGUCUCCGCCAGAAUUGGCAUUCCGUUCAGAACACAGGCCACCCAGCGCCUGGGAAGGUGACAUCGAUCAAUAGCGCGGCCAAAAUGGGUGGUACGUAGUUCCGAAAGUGGGUGACUACCUGCAAAACUACAAUUUCAGGAGUGGUAGUUCUGAAAGUGGGUUACCUGUACUGUAAGACUACAAUUUUAACAGGAGCGAGGAUUGCCCAAUUAGAGCAGAACGAGCAACGUCUUUUACUUUUAUAUAGACAACACGACCAGAACCAUACAACCAUAGUCAUGAGUAACAUGUCCUUAUUGCAAUAAGCAGCAGAGCAAUUAGCAACA